AUGCCAUCCUGUUGUACUGCUCCAAUCAAAACAACAACAAUGGACCAUCCUGUGACUGAUAAUAAAAUUGUUCGUCAUCGUCAAGCCAACACAUGUUUAAGAAAUGAAGAUACGGCCACUCAUCAAUCGACAGAAUCAUCAUUACUUCCUCUUUUAAUAAUUCCACCUUACUUUCGUUAUUUAAAAGGAGCAUAUUUAUCUACUUACAAACAAUAUAUCUAUUCAUUCUUACAUUUACCGAAUGGUGAUUCAAAAUAUCGAUAUUCAACACGUUUUAUAAUGAAACAAUUUUUUCUACAAGCUUCUCUACAAACACUAUUUUGUCUACUAUUAUGUUGUAUCGCAUCUUAUGUACUCUAUUCAUCAAUUAUUCUACAUAUUUUCGAUCCAUACUCGUAUGUUAUUGUUCUUGAUGCAGGAAGUACAGGUACUCGUGUUCACGUUUACAAAUUUCUUUCUCAUUAUGAUAAUGUAACCACAUAUGUUUUGAAAUCAGAAAUAUUUGAAGAACGUACACCGGGCCUAUCUUCGUAUGCCGAUCAUAUCGAUAAUGCAUCAGCUCAAAUUAAAAAUCUUUUAGACAUAGCUGAAAAAUCUGUUACUCGAUUUAAACAGCGUUCAACGCCUAUAGUUUUCAGAGCAACAGCUGGAUUACGAUUACUAAACGAAACAAAGAGUAGACAAUUAUUACAAGCUGUAUCGCAAACAUUUGGACAAUAUAGAUUUUAUCGAUCAAACAUGGAUGUUGCUAUCAUGGAUGAGACAGAUGAAGGCAUCGAUGCCUGGUUAACGCUAGUAUAUCUACAAGGUGAACAAUUUUAUUCAACAAAAAUCGCUGCACUUGAUCUUGGUGGUGGUUCAACUCAAAUCACAUAUAAUCCACCAGAGAAACUAGAUAAAAUGUCGAUCAUUGAUGCAAAUAAAAUAGGAGUGGAAAAAAUCAAACAUGAUGUGACUGAAAACGAUCAAUUAAAAAGAAAAAAUAAGAAUCAUGUGGAAUCAAUAACAACUGAAAAGAUAUUAAGUUAUAUUGAACAUAAUGAAGAUCAAAACAAGUCAAUUGAAGAUAACGAAUCGUCAUUAUCAAUGUCUCAUCUACAACAAUUUCAAAUGUUUGAUCGAGAUAUUCAACUUUAUUCGAAAUCAUAUCUUGGCUAUGGAUUGAUGAUUGCAAGACAAACAAUAUUUAUAAAUGAAACAAUUGAUGAACGAAAAAUAGAUUUAAAAAAAUCAAAUGAUUAUUAUGUGAAACUAAUUCAGAAAGAAAAGCUACUUAAAACACAUUGCAUGCCAAAGAAAAUCAAAGGUAAAUUUAAAUUUCAAGAAUAUUUGUGGCAAGUUGAAUCACAUAGUAGCAGUAUGAGUGAUGAUGAACGAUUUUAUCAGUGUAUUGCACAAAUUGAUGACUAUGUCAGAAAGAAUGUUCAAAAAGCCGUUGGUCUCGAACAAAUGACGAUUUAUGCAUUUUCAUAUUUUUAUGAUGUGAUAUAUGAUGCUGGUCUACUAUCAUUGGAUAAUGGAAAUAGUCCAACAAUGAUCACUAAGUUACAGAUUCGAACACUGAAACAAGCGGCAAAAAAUAUUUGCCGUGGUUCAACACAUUUAUUAGAAAAACAUCCAUUUCUAUGUUUUGAUUUGACAUAUAUAUUUUCUUUGUUAACAACUGGCUACAAACUAUCGGAAAAUACAAAUAUCAAUAUAUGUAAGAAAAUAAGAGAUUUUGAAGUGGCAUGGUCACUAGGUUUAGCGUUAAAAUUAUUAUAA